GACAAUAAGAAUAGUGAAAGAAAAAAACACAUUUUAUCAGAUAAGCAAAUAAUGAUAAAAGAACAAGCAAAAGCUGUUCAAGAUCCUCUUAUUCAGAGGCAAUAUGAUGAUCAAAACUUAACUGAACAUGAAGAUGAAGAUGAAGAUGGUGAUCUAAGAACACAAGUUAUUGUUGAAGUGAAAAAGCAGAUAGGAUUAGCAGGGCCAUUGAUAGCAGUUAGCUUGUUGCAGUACUGUUUGGAAGUUAUAUCAAUCAUGUUUGCUGGUCAUCUUGGUCAACUUCCUCUCUCCAGUGCUUCUAUGGCCACAUCUUUUGCUUCAUUCACUGGCUUCAGUGUCUUGUUAGGAAUGGGAAGUGCAUUGGAAACGCUAUGCGGACAAGCGUAUGGAGCUAAACAAUAUCACAUGCUCGGGAUUCAAAUGCAAAGAGCAAUGAUCACUCUAACAGCCUUAUGCAUUCCUUUAGCAAUCAUUUGGUUCUACACAACCACAAUCUUCAUAGCCCUUGGUCAGGACGAAGAAAUAUCGAUCGGGGCAGGAAAUUUUAUUCGUUGGAUGAUUCCAUGUUUAUUCGCAUACGCUUUACUUCAAUGUCUAAACAGAUUUCUUCAAACACAAAACAUUGUAGUUCCUAUGAUGACUAUGUCGGGUGUUACAGCUUUAUUACAUAUAUUUAUAUGUUGGGCGUUAGUGUAUAAACUCGGGCUUGGAAUCAAAGGGGCUGCAUUGGCUAAUACUAUAUCGAACUGGAUAAAUGUCGUUUUGUUGGGAGUUUAUGUGAAACUGUCUCCUACUUGUAAACACACGUGGACCGGUUUUUCAAAAGAAGCCAUGAAUGAUCUUCUUAGUUUCCUUAAACUUGCGGUUCCUUCGGCAGUUAUGAUUUGCUUUGAAUAUUGGUCGUUCGAUAUGGUUGUUUUGUUAUCCGGUCUUCUCCCAAAUCCAAAGUUGGAGACAUCUGUAUUAUCGAUCAGCCUUAAUACAUGUUGGAUGGUCUACAUGAUCUCAGUGGGUCUUGGUGGAGCAAUAAGUACACGAGUUUCAAAUGAAUUAGGGGCUGCAAGACCUGAAGCUGCCCGUUUGGCGGUCAUUGUCGUUGUUGUAAUCGCAAUUUUGGAGGGCUUGGUAGUUGGAAGCAUUACCAUUCUCGUACGUCGUGUUUGGGGAAGGUUAUAUAGCGACGACGAAGAAGUUAUCAACUACGUUGCAACGAUGAUGCCAUUGCUUGCAUUGUCAGAUUUCUUGGAUGGAUUCCAGUGUGUUCUUUCAGGGGCUGCUAGAGGAUGUGGGUGGCAAAAUAUUUGUGCAGUUAUCAAUCUUGGAGCUUAUUACAUUGUGGGAAUUCCUUGUGCAUUGCUCUUUGCUUUUGUCCUACAUGUAGGAGGCAUGGGGCUAUGGAUGGGCGUUAUCUGUGCACUUUCUAUCCAAGUUGUAGCACUCAUUGCUAUUAAUUUGUCUACUAAUUGGACCGACGAGGCGUGGAAAGCGAUUUGCAGAGUUCAAACAAGCAAUGCUAUUGAAUGACUUCAAGAGUUGACUUUCACUUUGACCUUCUAUAUUUGUUGAAUUGUUACUCUAGGAAAACAAGAAAUGAGUCUAAUGUAUGUGGUGUUUUUGUAUGGAGGGAUAAACAAAAACAGAAAAUUAUUGUAUGUAUCGGACACUCCCUCUUUCGUCGCC